GACGCUGUUGAGAGCUCUGAUAACAAACACCUUAAGGAAGAACUGGAGGAAAGGACUGCAAAUGGCAAACAGUACUACAGGACUGAACAUCCCAAUGCAGCAGGAGUUAACAGCCACUGAAAUCUUCAAUAUAUGCAUCACUUCUUUAAUCUUUGCAGUGGGUAUCAUUGGAAACGCUCUUGUCAUAUACGUGACGGGCUACAAAAUGAAGACAACUGUCAACUCCAUUUGGUUUCUCAACCUGGCGAUUGCAGACUUCAUCUUCAUCUUAUUUUUAAUCCUGAACAUAUUUACCUUGAUUAACAAGAGGGUUUGGUACUUUGGUGACUUCAUGUGCAAGUUAGUCUCCUUUGUGUCAGUGCUAAACAUGUUUGCCAGCAUUUUCUUGCUCACCGCUAUCAGCCUGGACCGGUGUAUGUCCACCUGGUGGAUUGUUUGGGCUCAAAAUAAGCGAACUCUGUUCAAAGGCAGGGUCAUCUGUGCGUUUGUAUGGGUUUUAUCCAUCUGCUGCAGCAUACCUUUUGUCAUCCGCCGUUCAGGAGAGAAAAAAAUAUGCAAGUACGUUCCUGAUACCAAUAUAAAGCUUCUGUUCACAUACAGGUUUAUUGUGGGCUUUCUCAUCCCCUUCCUAGUCAUUGCAUCUUCAUACAUUGCUAUAGGAGUGCGGGCCAAACGUCUUAAAAGAGGGAAGAAACUUAAGCCUUUCCGGGUCAUUUUAGCUGUAAUCCUGGCCUUUUUCAUAUGCUGGCUUCCCUUUCAUCUUCAGCAGCUAGUUACCGCAGUGACAAAGGGAAAAGAUGAAUGGAAUGGCAUUCGAAAAGUAUUAUAUAAUCUAGGACCCUUUCUUAAUUGUCUGGCUUAUUUCAACAGCUGUCUGAACCCCAUCCUUUAUGUGUUCAUGUGUGAGGAGUUUAAGAAAAAGCUCAAACAGUCUCUGCUGCUGGUGCUGGAGACAGCGUUUGCUGAAGAUCUGCCUUUCCGAACACGUCAGUCCACCUGCUCAGCCUUCUCAGAAUCACAAGGUCUCCAACAGCCAAACGACGCAACCUUCUCAUCUUCUGGUAGCAGCCAGGACAACAAAACAACUGUAUAGAAAAGCAGCUUUCAAUAGUCAGUUCAAGCACAAUAACAAACUCCCAACUCUGCUGCCUUCAAACCCAUGAGGGAUGCCAUGUUUUUCUAAGAAACCCCCCACAAACUGCAGGUGUGCUUGAUGUUGCAAACAAGCUAACAGAUACUAUGGGAAAACGGAGGACUAGGCCUCCCUGAAGGCCAUAUUCGAUCUAAAGACAAUCUAAGAAAUAUUUCUGAUUGCUCCUGAUGAUUUUGGCCCACUUUAGACAACAUUACCAAAGUUUUGAGAACAUUAUGAAGGAUGCCAGAUCAUGACAUCAGAAAGUCAUGAGGGUUGCCAGAUUUGUGUAAAAGACCCCCCCCCCCUCAAAUGUGCUUAUUUUUUCCGGCAUCGCUUUAGUACUGAAAAAACAACCUGCUGUACCAGUGACUCAAUUCUGCAGGACAACUGAGGACUUGGCAACACUGAAAGUCACAUAUGAUUGAAGAAAAUCUAUGGUCCUAUUUAUACAUUUUGAGAUGUGUUUUGGUGGAUCGGAUCACAAGUACACAAGAGAGACACAUUCACCUGGUGAAUUAAUCAAUCACUUUUGUCCAAUUUUGAGCACAUUACCAAACUUUGAGGGUAUUAACAAACUCUUCACUGUGCUGCCUUGAUGCCAUUGAGGUUGCCAGGUUUUUGUAACAAACAACCCACAAACUGCAAGUCUGUCUUUGUCUGCAAAUUGCUUUAGUUCAUUAGACUGAAAAAACUACCUGCUGCAACUGUAGAUCAUCUCUAAUGGAAAACUGAGGACUUGGCAACACUGAGUACAUUUACAUGGACACCAAUAAUCCGAUUUUAAUAUGAUUAAGACAAUACUCUGAUUAAGAGUCUGCAAUGUAAAUAACAAUUUUUGAUUAACUUGAUCAGACUAAUUUAAUCAAACUAAACAAAAAACGAAAUUAAAAUGUGGAGUAUACCGAUUUUAGUCGCAUUAUUGAAGUGCAGUACAGACAUGUAAACACCUUAAUCAAACUAUUACCAUAGUGUAGGAUUUUUGCCACAUUUUGUGACAAGAUUUGUUUGACACUAUUCUCAGACUGGAAAGCAUUCAUUUCCAAAGUGGAGUUCUGAUCAUCUUCGUAUGCGGAAAAUUCGGAUCCGAUUUGAGCUGCGGAUCCAUUAAAAUAUUUGAACUUCGACAACUAGACCGUAUGCAACCGGCCGACUAGAUGUGAGGUAUUCCAGUGUUGUCUAAGCAAGUCCGUGCGCGCGAGAUGAGAAAAAGGAGUUUUUCUAAAAUUAUAUUCAUAAAUGAGUAUUAUUUUUAAUCUUGUCUCCACAUUCCCUCCAAAAUUUUUAGCAGUCUAUGAUGAGUUUCUAGUAUUCAUUCAUUCAACCAUGGUGAACGCACAGAGAAUAAAGGCUCUUGCUUUUGCACUUCUUUAAUUCGGACGCCACUGCGAGAAUCAGUUUUCCAUGGUCACGGCAAAACUUAAUAUUCUGUUUUGCUGUGCACCACAAGGGGCUUCAACAAGGGGGCGUAUUCUGAUAGUCGUGUCCGAAUGUCGUGUGCCGUGAAGAGGCAGCUUAAGGCCUUGUUUUCAUGUAUAAAGAUGCAUGUUGUUGGAUUGUAUCACAAGUAGACCAAACUCACCCGGUGUUUCAGUCCAUCUAUUUUGUCCACUUUAGACACCUUUUUCUGACUUUUUAAAUGGGAGGUCAUAUGAAUGCAAGAAGAGAUAAGUAAAACUACAUGGUUUCUGAUUUGAUUUAGGCUUAUGUUGGAACCGGAACUGGUAUGAAUUAUUCAUAUUUUUUGCCUUAAAUUUCAGAUGCGAAAUUUGGCCAGCGCACUUCAACAACAAAACUGAUAAAAAAUGAGGUCAGAAGGCAGAGAGGAGAUGGCCUUUAAACAUAUCUGAUUUCAGGACCGUUUACACCACAAAAGCAAUCUGGGUAAAUAGAUUUUCAACCACAUCAGGAAGUGGCCAAAAAGGGGUUUUGUUUACAACUGCAUUUAGCAUUGUCCACUUGUGUUUAUAUAAACAAAACAUGCAUCUUGGAAGUAAUUUAAGUGGUAUUAAAUUAGAUAUUGUUUGGACAAACAGAUAGCAGCCCAAAUCUUGCUAUUUUUCAAUGUUGCUGUGUCUAUAUAGGUUGGGGUAUUAGAAAUGUUGUAUUGCAAUCUUUUUGUAGGAAAACUACAAAUGAUUUUUUAUACUGUAUAUUUGUAUUUGCUUAUUAAAAUGUC